AUGUUCAGCAAGUGCUACUUUGAUACUUUUUAUGUGUUUGAAGAGGAAACCAAAGAUUUCUGUGAUGACCCCAAAACCGCUAGUUCGGUGUUAGAGGCAGCUCUGAAACAACGUCAAAGAUUGUCGUCUCAUACCACUACAUUAUUUUUCCAUACCAAGACGACUUUGGCCGUGACUGAGUUCCAGGUGGCCUUUUCCCUGAAGCUACCAUACCUAGACCCACCAAAGCAGGGAGUUGAACAGCUUGAACGCAUUCCAAAGCCCAAGUUCAGGCUUGAAUAUGUCAUUGUGGCCGCUUGGCAGUUGCUUCAGUACUGUGAGUACAAUCCCCUGCUUAAAGCUCCCAUGGCAUGUCUAGCAGCACAUUAUCUUGACCAGAAGUACUUUUUCAAGGGUUCUCGUGCUAGCUUGGCACGUACGAUAGAAACACAAGAAAGCAUGGCAGCGAAGGCUCAACCUGACUCUGUGGCCAGUCCCUCGUUUAAGUCAAUCAAAUAUCCUAACGGUGAAUCAGAAUUUGUUCGGCUGCACCAAACAGCUAUCAUUCAAGGAGGAGAAAUAGAAUUUGCAGUUACUCUUCGAAACUUCUACAGGCCUCCUGAAAGGAAUAGGGCUAUAGAGAUUGUCAAAAACUCGGCCCACGUCUGCAAAGCGGAAGCUAGUUGUAUAAUGAGAUACAAGUUGUUCAAAAAGGCCUUCAAGGCAAAAGGAAAAGUUCACGUCUGGGCCAUGCCUGUCUUAUCAUACAAGGGUACAUUUUGCAUGACGGAAAUCCCAUUGAGCCAUUGGAACGUGCUGACGGUAAUACGUGGAGAGAACAAGUUUUUCGAGGAUACAUUGGAUGAGAAGUCCUACUACAACGAUUUUACAUUCAAAGUACCCUUGCGUUUGAGCUUCACCAUGUUAAAUGAGUUUCAUCCACCAUUACCACUACCAGGAGCCAUUGUUUGCAAAGGUAUGAGACUAUCUGAAGCGUUCAGGUUAAAGCUUCUGUUCUCCUAUUCCUCCUACGAACAACCAUACGCUUUCAUUGGUAUUAGAAUGGUGUCCACGAAAAUUGAAUGGCUAGUAUAUCCAUUCCACAGCCCAAUAUGUGAAACCGUUUCACAGUUUGAUACCCCCAAGUUUGAGAAAGCAAUUGACUUGACUCACUUCAAACUCUCGGAAGACAGAAAGAAAUGGGUUAUGGAUAUCCCUCUAGAGAUGUAUGAUUGUGAAAUCCCGGAUCUUGGCCCAACAUUCUAUUCACUGCAGAAGGCUAGAGACAUGGCUGUCCGGAUUUCGUUCAAUUUGAAGGGAAGUAGAAAAACCCCUCUUGAAGUGACUAUCCCGCUUCAAAUCUGUGGAGAAUUGAUUGAUGUUACUGGCCAUAACGUUAUGCCACCUUCAUAUGCUGCUUUAAUGGAUACGAGCAAGUUGGAGAAGUAUACCCCAGUUAGGAUACUUGGUUCCAGGGAGAAAUUGGAUAAAAUAAGGGACUGUGACUUUGUGGACACUAAGGAAGGUGUUUUGCCACUCACUUACUUGAUCCAUCCACUGGCUGAUCCACCUGGUUUCACCACCCAAACUACUUCUUUUUCCUUGAUGAACGGGCCUGAAACAGCAGAUGGCACGCUUAUCCUUAUGGUGUGCCGUGCCAAGCACUUGCCCAACCGAAGAAAGCUAGAUAAACAGUCGCCAUAUGUGCUUUUACGAAUUGGCACCGAAGCGAAGAAGACCACGGCAGCGUUCAGAGCAGGCCAGACGCCUGAAUGGACUCAGGAAAUACGGUUCCAGUUGACGAGGGAAAGACGCCCGCUUUUGAAGUUGGACGUGCUUGACGAGACGAAGAACGACCCGACGCCAAUUGGCGAUACUGAGAUUGACUGUGCUGCUGUUUUCCAAGAUCCCGCUCACUAUAACGACGGGAAGUACAUUUUGGACGGGUGGUACGACUUGAAGUCUAAUGGCAGGGUGGCUGGUAAGAUUUACUUGGAGAUUACGUUCUAUCCGAGUGCUCCAUUGCUUCCUCCUAAGGUUCCUUCGCCAUGUGCCGAUUAUGCCGAUAAAGACCUACCGGCGAUGCCUGAAGACUUCACCAGAUCUGAUCCUGUGCAGCGGAAAACCGUGGACGAGGUGUUUGAACAGAAAGCGCUUGAUUUCAGGUCUUCUGACCCUGGUGCAAGCGCAAGGAAAAGCUCAGACGACGAUGUGUUCGUCUCAGGCAGUCCUAAGAAAGAAGGUAAGCUUAGGAAACUACGCGAUAAGUUCCAGUCAAAAGAGCCACUUAAGAAUCUCUUUCAGACUCACGAGAAGCAGAAACCAGAGAUUCUUGAUGAACCUGCCUCUGUGCCUCCUCUAGAAAGCUUUGAGAACCUAGAACUGGCUAUGGGCAACCGUCGGGGCUAUGAGCCGCUGUCCACGCCUCUGCCACCACCUCCACCUCCACAUUCAGCCAAAUCGAGUCCAAGAAAAGCAGGCCGUAAACCACCUCCACCGCUGAACUCCAACGUAUCUCGUGAUUUUGAAAAACUCGCCAUCAGCAACACGCUGGUACCUUUUUCUGCUGAAACAAUGGGUCUAGAUGAUGAAGAAAUGCCUACACAAGUGUACCAGAUGGGCCAGGCUGUUCAGCCUCUUACACAUAAACAACCCAAGGAAACUCGACAACACCGCAUGAACCCUAAUGAAAUCGACCCCAAGUUCUAUGCGCCUACCCCAUCGGAGCAUUUGGCAAAGUCGUUCCGUCUUCAGGACGGUAAUGUCACCAAUAAAGAUGUCGAUACCGACUAUAACACAGAGAACAGUGGGUACCUCGGUGAAGGCCAGUGGCUGGCAGAUAAACGGUUCCUGCCAUCGGUAUUCCAGCGUGUGAAUGACGAAAACGAAGGAGAAGCCAAUAAACCGCCCGUUCCUCCAAAAGUGCCUCGAGGACUCACCAACAUGGAAUACUACGUUCUUGAAAAAGACAGUUAUUUGAAGGAUAUCAACGGGCGUCGGAUGUAA